UCUAGCGGCACGGAGCCAUAGAGGAAGUUUAUUUUGCCUCCUAGAGCGGUGUCGUCACAGAGGAGGCGCAGAGUGGGGCGCGGGGCGCUUGAAAGAGAAUGGAGGCUCUGCCGACAGAGGAGACAUUCUGGUUGCUGAGUUGCUCUCCAGGUAGUCUGGAGGACGGAGGCCAAGAAGCCCCCCAGUCGGAAGAGCCGCCCAUGGUGUUCUUGUGCGCCGGCUGCAAACGACCGGUGGGAGACACGCUCAGCUGGGAGGCCAGCGACAAGACCACCAACUGUAUCCUGCUGAAGAGUGUUACUCACAAUGUUUCAGUGGACAAAGAACAAAGACUUUCAAGCCAGGCAGGUGAAUAUGGCUGCUUAUUUGAAACCUUGUUUUGCUCUGGGUGCAAAAUGACGCUUGGAAGCAUCUACCGAUGCACCCCAAGACAUCUUGAUUAUAAACGAGAUUUAUUUUGUUUAAAUGUUGAUACCCUUGAAAGUUAUACUCUAGGAUCCUCGGAACAAAAAGCUAACAUUAACGAGGAACCCCUCACCCUUGAAAGUCGAGCAGGUUUAGAAGAGUCAUUAGAGAGGGCAGAAACAAUAUUGAAAGCACUGGAGCAACGAUUAUCAGUAGUUGAAUCAAGUUUUGCAUCUCUUCAUAAUACUGGUUGAAAAAUUAUGAAUAUUAUUUGUGCACACACUUCUAUUAUUGGCUCUUGGAAACAAUGUUGAAUCAUUGUGAGAGAUUUCUUGCUAAAACCAUAAAAACUGACCUUUUUUGUACAGUUUUUGUGGGGAGGGAGAGACACUGCAGUAGAGUUAGAGAUUAUUUGGGCAUCUUGUUUUGUUGUUUUAUUACAAUUCAUUUUUAGUUUUCUAAACAUUAGUGAAAUACAAAUAUAUUGAUACUCAUAACUUCGUUUUUACUUUAUGUAGCUUCUGACACGAUUUCAGCAAAUAUCAAUAGGGUUAACCUGCUUCUUCAGAAGAAAAUAAUAUUUGAAGGGUUGGUGCUUCUUAGCUGCUAGGCACAGUACUUGAAUACUUCUUACAUUAUGGGCAGUUGUUUAUUCCUCUGAUGUCAUAUAUAUGUAUAGUACUAAUGGCUAUAUCCCUGCUUUUUCGUUAGCUUGUCUUGAACUUGCUUCAAUCAUCUGUCUGAAUUUUUGUUAAUCUGCUUGGCCUACAUUUAAAAAGAUUCAAGACUAACUCUGAAAUCCUAAGCGGAGUUACUCCAGUCUAAGCCCAUUGAAAUCAAUGGGCCUAGACUGGAAUAACUCUGCUUAGGAUUUCACAUUAAGAUUUCAGUCUUCUAGAAAACUGUACAUGUGGGCUGAGGAGACAUUCGGAACACAAAAAAUCCUUAAGCAAUGUUUUGACCAUGAUAAAUAUUUUUGAAAACAAAGUGAAAAGAUAGUAGAUCUUAAACUGAGUUUUGCAAAAGCAUUUGUGUACAAGUUAUUGCCAUGUCUUUUAAUGAUGUGUGUUCAUUUUGAAAGCAAAAUACUUGAAUUGCUCGUGAUGUCACUGCUUCAAUAAAAUUGAAAUGAUAAUUCUGCCAUUAAACUGGAAGUUGAAAGGUAAAA